UACUUGGUAGGCGGAUCACUAUACCCAGAGAUGUGGCCUCUGGCCAUUAGCUCCAAAUACAAGCACAUCUGUAUCCUGUGAUGUAGAAUGAAAUUGUACAUGUGUGCAUGUUUACAUUAGUUUGUCAUCAUGAUUAAGCUGACAUUGUUGAGCGUUCUGGUCACCUGUGCGUGGGCUUUCCCUCAGAAGUCUGUGGAGUGGUUUGAGCUUUCUGUUGCCAAAAAGGUUGUAACUGCCAACAAAACAGUUCAGCUGACAUACCAGCCAUACACCGAGCAGUGGCAGAAGUUUAAGGUUCAACAUGGAAAAUCAUAUGAAGGUGAUGAAGAAGACCGUAGAUUUGGAAUCUUUGUAGAGAAUGUGAAGAAGAUAGAAUCUCACAAUGCACUUUUCUUGGCUGGGAAAAAAUCUUUCUUCCUUGGGUUAAACCAAUUCACUGACUGGGAAUUUGGAGAAUUCAGUCAGUACAAUGGUUACCAGCCCAAGUUUAACUUGACCAAACCUUUGGACAGAGCCUCAUACUUGUCUCCUAGCUUUGUCAAUCUACCCAAGACUGUAGAUUGGAGAGAGAAGGGCUACGUUACACCAGUGAAGAACCAGGGUCAGUGUGGAUCUUGUUGGGCCUUCAGCACUACUGGAUCUCUGGAAGGCCAGCAUUUCAAGAAGACAGGUACUCUGGUAUCCCUCAGUGAGCAGCAGCUUGUGGACUGCUCCAAGUCAUUCGGUAACCAGGGUUGUAAUGGUGGACUGAUGGACCAGGCCUUCCAGUACAUCAAGGCUAACAAGGGGCUGGACACAGAGGAGACCUAUCCAUAUGAUGCUAGGGAGGAGAAAUGCCACUUUGACCCCUCUGAUGUUGGAGCCACUGACACUGGGUUUGUUGAUGUGACAAAGGACGACGAGGACAAACUGAAGGAAGCUGUUGCCACAGUGGGCCCUGUCUCAGUAGCUAUUGAUGCCAGUCACUCGUCAUUCCAGAUGUACCGUGGAGGCGUAUACGAUGAACCGGAGUGCUCUCAGACUGCACUGGAUCAUGGAGUGCUGGUAGUAGGUUAUGGAACUGAAGAUGAGCAGGAUUACUGGCUUGUUAAAAACAGCUGGGGAACAACCUGGGGAGAGGAUGGAUAUGUGAGGAUGUCCCGUAACAAAGACAACCAGUGUGGCAUUGCUUCUCAGGCCAGCUACCCUCUUGUCUAAACGAAAAUUGGAUACAUGAUAUGGACUCAUGACGAGAUAUGUUGUGAGAGAGUUCUCCUCAGCAAAGAUCUGAUGACAAGGAUCUCACUUCUGAACAAGAAUGUCUUUCUAGGACGUUACAAAGCCUCAAAACCUGUUUUUACACAACUUUCCAUUGUAAAUGGGAUUCCUAUCAAAGAAACAUGAUGGACUCCGUGGUAGUUUUAAGCUGUCUUUGGGUUUGUCUUGUCCUGCUUGGUUUUUACCAGUUGUCUAAAUAUUUACAAUGACAUAAUCCAUCAAGAAGUGAGUGUGGUGUAAUUUGCAUGUGUGCCAACAUGAAAGACUGCCUAAAGUAUAUUCUGUGUGAUUGAAUGUACAGGUAUGAAUUAAAAAAUAUUAAAUCAGUGAGCAAAUAAGAAUAAGAUAUUUAAUAUUAUUAAAGAAAAAAUAAUAAUAAUCCAAAAACCAAGAAAAACCAAAACAAGCCUUUGAGUGUGUGUUGAUACAGUCGUAUAUUUCCAGAUGAUUUGUCCUUUGUAAAUAUCAAUCUCACCAUCGCAGCUAAGAUAAUUUUUAUAAGUGAUACGUGAUUGAAUUUGGUGAUUUGUGACUUCUUGUUAUACAGUUUUACCCCAAGAUUUGAAAACAUUCCCUAAAAUGUAAUCUGUUUUUACCAGUAUGUAAGUUAAGAUUCUGAUGUUGGUGCUUAUACCUUCAACAUUACCCCCUCCCCCCUCCCCUCCCUUUUUUUUUUCUUGGUGUUGCAAAUGUAGGAAUUUAUAUUGUGUUUUCACUGCAUGUCUUAAUAGUCCUGGUUGGGAUUAUUUUUCUUACUGUAUUCGUAUAUGUUUUUAUCCAAUUUCUUUCCUGUAAAAUAUCAAUUAACCUUGACGAUACCUUUUAACGAUAAAAUGUAAAAGUCCCUGCAGUCUGAGCGGAGAUUUUCUCCAUAUCUACUUAUGUUGUGGUAUGGUGAACGAUGAGAUAAUCAGAAAAUGAACUUGCAUGUUUACCGAUGUCCGUAUUCCAUACAAACAUUUUUACAUUUGCAUCUUAAAAAGAAUUGGUCAAUGCAAACAGGCUCAUUUUAUCACAUUAACAGCCAUUGUGUUACCUGAUCUGAUGCGUCACGGCUGGUAUUUUAUAUUUAAUAAAUGAAAGUGUAGUUGUAAAUGCAUCAGUGUCGUGUCUCUUCAGGAAGAAUUUUUAAAAUAAAAUAUUUUUUUUACACCAAA